AUGGCGGCAGCAGUCUCUCCACAGCCCUCGACUGCUUUCGAUCUACGCAACACGGCACCAUACACGAUCCGCUUGGGCCGCCAGCUGCCGUCGUGUUCUAGUAUACAGUACAAUCAUAAACCAGAUCUCUCAGAUCCUGGCAAUGCCGAAUCUUCGAUCUCCCAUGCCGCCGAGGACGGCCGAGUCACGCUCUCCUUGAAAGACGGCGCCGAUGAGUACAAGUAUACCGGCACGCGCCAUCACGAUGACGAUGACUACCUUCUAUUGCUCGACGAGGAUGGUAAAGAUUUCGUGCUAGAAAAGAUUGCUUCAUCCUACGCUUUGAAUUUGUCUCGUGCGCCCUGGGAAACGAGCUCUAAAGUCCUGGCCGAUCGAUACCCGCAGUUGCGAUUGACCGACGACGAUGAGCACCGAGAAGACUCUGAUAUCGCAGACGACAAUGACGGCGGUGUCUCGCUGGAUCCAGCUGAUGCAGAUGCCGCCAAUCCUUUCGAUUUUAGACAUUACCUGGACGUCGAAGACUCGCCUAGUCCUCACCUUCCUCCCGUAAAGGCUGCACCAGCGGCCACCCCAGCAGCAUCUCAAACCUCGACCAGAAUGAAUACGCCGAUCGCUAAAUCCAUCCGCAAACAAACCUCUGCGUUCGCCCCACAAACCGCCAAAUUACCACCGAAGCCACGAACAAAACCAGCCCCUUCGGAGGUUGAAUCAGUCUCGAAAGAUGUGGCGCGCUCGCCCUCUCCAGGAACACAAUCGCACCACAAGACUCAAGUUCAAGUGCCAGCUGUUCGUAUCGACCGACGUGCUUCGACACGGGUUGCGUUGCCUUCGAAACCUCCGCCAAAGAAGCGAGAACCAGAAGAACUCUCGCUUGAUGAUGAUGAGGAUGAUGGAGAUCUGAUCCUUGAAGGUGAUGAGCCGGAGCAUAUGUCAUACCAUUCCAACAACUCAAAAUCCAGUCUAGGCCUUGCCUUGACAAACGGACUGGGCGAAGGACCCCGAAGCUUGCGAAGCGCGGCGAGUAGUCCUGCUGGUAGCCACAUCAACUCGCCAGCUCCACAACGACCAAGUCCACUCACGGAACAUCGAGAAAGAGGUUAUGACGAGGACGAGCUUGUCAUGGACCCUGAUGAAGAAGCCAACGAAUACGAUGACGUGGAGAGUGAUGCAGACGAAGACGGUGAUGUGGACGCUUUGCAGCUACCCAGUCCUGCGCAGGCGCAUCGACCAAGCAUCAGCGGACCGACGAUCAGUGGCGACGAUGAUUACGAUCUCGAGAAGCAAAUGCUGCUGGAGUUGGAAGGAGGCUUGGACGACUAUGCAGCAUCUGGACAGCCAGGUGGUGCAGACAGUGAUGAAGAAAGUGAAGAAGAAUAA